UAUCAAUCAUACACACACACCAAAUUUGAUUUCCAUUCAAUUAUUUAUCUUCACCUUCUUAUCAAAGACUUGGUCUCUCACAAUCCAAAAAGUAUCAAAGAAUCGCGAUAUCAGUUAUUUUAACCUAGCUACCGUGUGUAUACUGGUGACAGGAUGAAAAAAGAAAUGAAGGUACAAACAAAAUCAUCAAGAACACAAUUAUCAUCAUCAUCGAUGAUCAACAAGCAAAAGAAAUACAAAGGAGUAAGAAUGAGGAGUUGGGGUUCAUAUGUUUCCGAAAUUCGAGCUCCUAAUCAAAAAACCCGAAUUUGGUUAGGCUCUUAUUCUACUCCUGAAGCUGCAGCUAGAGCUUAUGAUGCAGCCUUACUUUGUCUCAAAGGCCCAAAAGCAAAUCUUAACUUUGAUCACACUCAAUAUGAACAUCAUGACUACUAUUCCACUACUACCAUGUCCCCUAAAUCCAUCCAAAAAAUUGCUGCUGCUGCAGCCAAUGCCAAUAAUAAUGUUACAAUCACUAACGAUCAAUCAUCUCCGUCAUUUCCGUCACCGUUAUCUCCAUCACCGUCAUCUCCAUCACCGUUAUCUCCAUCACCGUCAUAUUCUUCGUCUAUUUCGUCGUUAACUUCCACAACAAUACCUACAAAUCCAAUAGAAGAUGAUGAAACAUUUUUUUCACCAAAUGAUCCUCUUGAUGGCACAUUAAUGUCAAUGGUUGCACCAUGGUACAACUUUGAUUACAUUAAUGAUGGAAUGAUGCUUGAUACAUCGUUUUUCGAGUUUGAUCAUUCUAAAAUUACUGAAAAUGUUUAUGAUGAUGAAGAAAGUGGUGAUAUCUAUCUUUGGAGCUUCUGCAGAUAA